AUGUUAGCUCAACCAAAAUUGCUCUCCUGGUCAUCAGCUAAAGCACGUAUUCUUAAUCAAUUACAUUCUACUGCAACAAUACAUGAAGAAUCUCCACAUCUUUCACGUAGAAUUUCUUCUUUAGGAUCAAAAAUUCCACUAUUUCCAUUAUUUUCAAGUCGAUCUUUAACAAAAUUUCCAUUUGAUACUCGUCUUCAAGCAUUUACAUAUUAUCGAUCAAUUGAUGAAGAUGAAGAUUCAAAUGAUGUUGAAGAUAUGAUUAUUACGUCAUUAUUUUAUGAUGAUCCAAAAGAUCCACGUUCAGCAAUUGUUGUUUAUUUUACUUCAUUGAAUACAGGAAUUAUUCGACGAUAUUUAAAGUAUGAUUUUCAAUUUCCAUCAUUUCAAUUAUUAAAAUAUAUUGCAAAACUUAAACUUAUUGUUGGCUAUUCAAAUGAUAGAUUAUAUUUACUUUCAAAUAAAAAUGGUCAAUUAAAAUAUUUAACAUUUGUUAAAUGUCCAGGUGUUGCUCGAAGAAUAAUUUAUGAUAAAACUACACGUGAUAUAAUAUAUGUUGGUGGUGAUAAUGGUUUUUUUGUUCGUUGGUAUCUUGUUCGAGAACCCAAUGGAUAUGAAUUACGACUUGGUGAUAGAUUAAAGUCAGUAUUUAUUAAUCGUAAACAUGAUAUUAUUGAUAUGAAACUUGAUCCAAUAACACAUAAAUUAUUUAUUGUUGGUCAUAAAGGUUGUUUAAUAUUUGAUACACUAUUAAAUCGAGAAUCAGCUAGUGUUCUUUCUGCUCAUGGUGCACCAGUUACAUGUGCAAUUAUUUAUGGUUUUUCUAUAAUAAUGGGAUUUUCUGAUGGUGUAAUGAAGGUAUUUGAAAUUGGAGGCGAAUCAAUUCCUGUUCGAUAUCAAUUACAAGUACAUAAAGUUGCUAUGAAGAGUUUAUUAAUUACUGCUGAUGGAGUAAUAAUUAGUGGUGCUGAUGAUGGAACUGUAUGUUUUUAUUCUCUCGAUUCAUUAACUAAACUUGGUGAACAUCGUUUUAAUGAAUCUAUUGAACGAAUGAUGCUUGUGCGUGGUGAAGAUUUACUUGUUAAAUUUAAACAUGAUUUACAAUUAUUAGUUUAUACAUUACCAAUUCGAUCAUUUUCUAAUACUUUACAAGCUAUUGAACAAGUACGUGUUACAUUUCCAGUUGGUAGUAUUCCAGCACGUGUUGCUGUACGAAGUCCACAAAAUCUUGUGACAAUUUAUAAUCCACGUUCAGCACAAAUUAUUAAUUUAAUUCCAUUAUCUCCUGAAAGAAUUGUAGUAAAUGAUUUUGCAUUUGAUUCAGCUGGAGAAAUUCUUUAUAUUUUAACAAGUAAAGCAGUAUGUAGUUAUUAUUGUGCAAGUUAUCCAUCGUAUUUAAUAAACAUAUUUGAAGUUAAUGAAGAAUGUCUUUUUACUAAACUUUGUUGUUUUAUGUGGUUUUCACUUCUUCCUGAACAUACAAGAAAACGUCGAGCAUUUGGAGUUGUAUUUGUUGGAACAACAAAUGGAAAAGUUUAUCUUGUUCCUGGUGACCAUGAACUUAAAUAUGCAUUAUUACCUGAUACACCUGAAGCUUUAUAUAGCUAUUAUCAAGUACUUGAUGAUACAGUGACAGUUGAUUGCUUAGAAAUAUUUCAAUCAUAUGAAACAUAUACUACUCGAAGAGGAGCAAGAUAUUUACUUGCUAUUGGAAAUGAUUUUAUUGCAAAAUUUUAUCGUCUAUCAAUAAAUGAUCAUGAAGUAUUUUUACGUCAAUUAGGAUUACCCAUUCGUCUUGAUGCGCCAUGUAUUGGUGCAGCUAUGGCUGAACAACGAAUAGCUAUUGCAUCUUAUAGUCGUGGUUAUAUUCAAAUGUAUGCAAUAGCAAUAAAUGGUCUUGAUGAAAUUUCACCUAAAGAUAUUCUUCAUGAACAUUCACCAAUUAAAUCACUUACUGGUUGUGAUACUUUAGGUUUAUUUGCAACAUUAAAUACUACAAAUGAAAUUAUGUUAUGGACAAGAAAUAAUGAAGCAAUAAGAAAAAUAAAAUGUGAUUUUCCUCUACUAAGAAUUGCUAAUCUUAAUGAUAGAGGAGAUAUUUUAUUAAUAUCAAAUAGACGAUUAAAUUUUUUAAUGAUUAGUGAUUUUGCACCUGAACAAGUUUUAUUUGAUUUAAGUAAAAAAACGAUUAAGGACGAUGCAAUUGAACUACCUGUACAAAUCAAUAAAAAAUUCAAUCCAAGUGUAGUCGAAUCAGCUAAAACAGUUCAACUCGAUUCAAAUGCUAUUCCAAAAGUUUCAACAGAUGUUGAAGAGACCGAUGUAUUGGGUUUUUUUGAAGCACUUGAACAAGAAAAAGCUCAAGCUGAAAUGGCAAAAAUGUUAGAAAAGAGAAAACUAUGUCCAAUUGCACCUGAUGCUUUAAUUCCUAAUUCAACACUUCGUUCAAUGUUCAAAUUGAAAGAAAUCGAACCAGUUGAAGUAAAAAUGUUUCGAUUAAGAUUGAUUUCACCAGCAACAUCAAAUACAACUCAAAAUGAAUUAGAUGAUCGAUUGAAACGAUUUGCUGUAUUAACAAAUUUCGAUGGUAUUCAUUCAACUAUUUUUCAAUCAUUAAAUAAAAUUAACAAAACGAAUAAAAGUCUCAAUUGGCAAAAUGAUGAUGAUGAAUGGGUAGAAUUAGAAGAUCCUGAAGGUUCAGUUGUUCGACCUUCAUCAAAACCAUCUAGUGCAAAAACUCAUGUACGACCAACAACAAGUACAAUCGUUUCUCGUCAACAGGAAACAAUUCCAGAAUUAUUUAAAAAAAUGCGAAAUGAACCAUGGUGGCAACAAACAGAUAAUGAUGAAAAUAAUAAUUUACGUUCAAUGUUACUUUAUUUAAUUGAAGUAAUAAAAGCUAAACAAAAUGAUUCAUAUGAAUCAGCUUGUAAUUAUGUUGUUGAUAUAUUUCGAACAUAUGGUAUUGAACCAUUACUUGUUAAUCAAAUUCUUGAUAUUCUACUUAAUCACUUAUCUGAUGGUGAAAAUGAUCCAUUAAAUGUUCAUACAGUUCGUACAAUAGCUCAAUUUAUGAUUGAAAGAAAAAAUAUUAUUGUUCCAUUACUUGAUUUUACAUUAAAAUGUCAACCAGAUAAUAUACUUCGACAAGAAGCAAUAAAUGCAAUUAAAUUUAUUACUGAUGUUAAUAGUUCAGAUGAUAUUGAUUUAGUUCUUAAUAAUAUGUCGACUGUUCGAGAUGCUUCUGAAGAUACAUUUUCAUUAAAAACAAUAAUUGAUAGAAUUAAAUUUAAACUGCAAAAAGUUUCAACUGAUCUAGUUAAUGAAGAAGAAGAAAGUGGUGAAAAAAUUGAUGAUAAUAUUCUUCAUCCAUUAUUAAAAAAAAUUUCUGAAGAACGUUGGUAUCCUCGUGAUAAUAAUCCAAUUACACUUGAUUCAAUUAUUGAUGUUAUACUUACUAAAUUACCAACAGCGAGUAAAUCAAUGCUUAAAACAUUAACAGCACAUCUUGUUCAAUUAAAUCGUGUCAUUGGUUAUUCAAAAGAUCAAUUUGAUCGAGUAUCAAAUGGCAUAAUAUCACUUCUUUCACAUAAUGAUGCCGAUCAUCGAUUAAUAGCUGCAACAAUUUUAGCUGAUUUAGGCAAAGAAAUAAAAGCUAUCGAUAUUGCAUUACUUAAGUCAUUUAUAAAUGAUCCACGAAUUUUGGUUCGAACUGAAUGUUGUGAUACAUUAAAACGAUUAACUUCAAUUAUGUCGGAUACUGUUUUAAAAGAUUGUGCAGAUGAUAUUCCAUAUUUAGAAACUUUACCAGAAGAAGAUUUUAGUCUUCAAAAUUAUUUAAAAGAAAAAAAUCGUGCAUUAACACCACCACCAUCAACAGCAGAUUAUCAUCCAUCAGUACCAAUUGAUGAACAACAAGAAGAUAGAAAACAAGAAGAAGAACAACAAGAAGACGAAAAACCAGAAGAACAUGAUGAAGAGAAAGAGAAAGAGUAUGAAGAACAAGAAGAAAAUCUUUUACCAACAAAUAAAGAUCAACAAGAAGAAAAUCUUUUACCAGCAAAUAAAGAUCAACAAGAAGAAAAUCUUUUACCAACAAAUAAAGAUCAACAAGAAGAACCACAUAUAAAAAUCGAAGAUUCAACACAUCCUUCUUCUUCUCAUCCUCCUAUCAACGAACAAAUCGAUGAUACGAAACCAAUUAUUCGUUCACGUUCAACAUCUCCUCGAAUAGAUAAACAACCAACUAUUCAUAAACAUCAUCAUGUUUUUCAACAAACACCUAGUCAAUUUAGUAUAACUCCAAGUUUAAAUUCUUCAACAGCAGCAGUAACACCUGUUGAACCAUCAAUUCGUGUUGAAAUAAAUGAAAAAACAAAACCUAUUGUUCAACCUUCACAUCAUAUACCAAAACCACGAAAAGAAUUACCACCACCUCUAUUACCAUCAUCUUCACAAACACCUCGUCUACAUAAACAACCAACUGUUUCUAGUGAAAAACAAAUUCGAACAUCAAGUCGAACAACUGGUUCCGAUCAUUCAUCUAGAAAACGUCAUCCUCUUUUACCAAAUAAUUCAACUAUGUGGGAUUCAUAUGCAAAACAAAAUGAAAUUACGGAACAAAAUGAAACUCAAAUUCCAUCUUCAACAGAAAUUAAUCAAGAACAAAUAUCUGAUCCAGUGCAAACAAUAAUUAAUGAUCAUAAACAUAAUUUUGGUUAUUAUCGUAUGAUACCAAAUCGUCGUGUAUUAAUUCCUCAUAAAAUAUCUCUUAUGGAUUUAUUUGGUGAUCAAAUUCAUAUAACGGUUAAUAGAAGAAGUUCAUCACCAUUAACAACAAGUACAAUGCGUUUAUCAGAUUUAAAUCGUAAUAAACGUCAUUUACAUGAAGUAGAAUUUGUACAAUUAUUAUCAUCACUUAUUAUACGUUCAAUACAAUUACAUAGAAGAAAUGAAAAAUUUAUACCAGGAUCAUUAUUAUCAAAUACAGAUUCUGCUAUAAAUUUUACUGAUGCAUUAACUAUAUCACAAAUGCAAUUACAUACAUCAACAAAUCUAAAUCAACCAAAUUUUUAUUCAUCAAAUAAAUUACCACCUAUUGAACGACAAAGACCAUCAUCAGCAGAAACGGCUAGAAUGAAAUUUGAUUCACAAACUAGAGCAACAAGAACAGGUGUUAAUCUUCGCAAAGCUAAAGAUAUGGAAGAUGCAUUAUCUAAUUUACUAAGAUCAAAUCGUGAACUUACACGAUCUACAUUUAUUCAUGGAAGUACUCAACAUCCUCCUAGUGUACCAAUUGUAUACGAUCAAAAUGAAGUAACACAUGCAUGGCUUCUCGAACAAUUAUUGAAAUCUCAAGGUGCACCAGAUUCUCAAAAUUAUAUUGAACAAAUUGCUCGAACUUAUCCAAAAUUUACACCAUUACUUUAUUCACGAGUACCAGAAAAUCUUAUUUCGAUUAUUUGGAAUGAUCCUGUUAUGAGACAACUUGCAUCAAUUAUUGGUAAUAAACAGGAUGAUUCAGCUAUCGAAGAUAUUUCAACGAAACAUACUAGUACAAAACAAGCAAUACCAACAUUUGAUGAUGAACAUUCAUCAAACUUUUUCGAUUAUGCAGCAUCAAGUCAAAUAUUGGCUAUGCAACAUCAACAACGAGAUGAUCAUAAAAAAGAACUUUUACCACCUGUUCGUGGUGUAAAAAUGCGUCUGCCACGUCAUGUGCUUAAAUUUGGUUUUCGUGAACUUGAAGUCGAUUCUCCAGAAGAAUCACUUGUUUCAUUACGUGAUGAAAGUACAUCAAAAUCACGUCGACGACGAAUUUAUAUGCACCUUAUGUGUAAUCAUAAUAAUAAACAUGAUGAUAAUAACUAA